GCAGUUUUCGGGAAAUCCUGGAAAACCUGCCUGUAGUUGCCGAAGCCAACACAGCGCGGGAAAAAGUGGCGGUCGCUUACCACACCUGCAUGAACACCAGCAUCAGCGAAGAAGAAGGCAUAAUGGCAGUGCGAAGAGUCCUCGAGAAAAACGGGCUUGGACAUUGGCCCGUUCUGGACGAGAAGGAGAAGGAGGCGAUAGGUGAUCUGGAAGACAUCGUCAAGAAAACUGGCCUCAGGUCUCUCUUCAACGUGCAGAUAGCCAGGGACAUGGACAACCUCACAGCGUUCAUCCUACAGCUCGGCCAAACGAGUACUGCGAAUAUACACUCCUGCAAACGCUGCACGACGGAACAAGAAACCAAGCUAUUCGCCAUGUAUCGCGAAGUGGCCGAGGCUGCGGCUAAACUACUGAGACCGAAUGCGACCGACCCGCAACUGAAAAUGUACGCCAGAUCCACAGUCUCGUUUUCUAGACAGCUGGACGAGGUAAAGUGCACAAGAGGUCAUCAUAUAGAUACCUUUGGUGGAGAGGAACGCAUACGAGAACAGCUGCUGGCAAGCUGUGCCAUGCUGCCGCAAGUGUAA